AUGCUACAUGACCAUGAAAAUGAUGUGAUAAAUCAAAAGGAAUAUGCUAGCUUAAUUGGAAGUUUGAGAUAUGUGACUGAUUGCACUAGGCCUGAUAUUGCGUAUGCAGUUGGAGUACUUAGCAGGUUUACAAGCAAUCCAGGCUUUUCUGAUGCUGAUUGGAACACUUUAUCUGGUGAUUCCUGUUCUACCACUAGUUAUAUUUUUACGUUGGCAGGUGGUGCUAUUUGUUGGAAAUCAAAAAAGCAAACUAUUAUUGCUAAAUCUACCAUGGAGGCUGAACUAAUUGCUUUAGCUUCAGCUAGUGAAGAGGCGAAUUGUUUCAUUGUAUUAUCACGAACAAUUGUAAGGAUGGACAAGGCUCAAAUAGCCAACUUUAGGAUCAGACAAGCAAGAGGAAAAUGA